AGUUAGUUCAUAAGCGUCCAUCAUGUGGUCAAAUAAAAUUUGUGUUAUAAUAUUUAUUUGUUGUAUAAUAAAAGUGAAUACAAAUCCAGCAAACACUGAUGAAGAAUCGAGUGACUAUGAAAAGGAUGGAUCCAAAAUAAAUGCUGUUUCUAGUGGCGGGCGAAUAACAGGAAAAUUAGAUAAAUGUGCACUAAAAGUUGGUAUAAAAAGCCAGGCUGAUACAAAUUCAUUUGAAACAGAAGAAGUAAAUAAGCCGGAAAGAAUUAUGCAAGCAAUUAAGGGAGAUCCUGGAACGAAAGGAGAAAAAGGAGAUGUUGGUCUGACAGGAAUGCCAGGGAAUCUUGGUACUAAGGGAGAUACGGGAGAAAAAGGAAGUAAGGGUGAUAUGGGCAUUCCAGGAAACGUGACAAUAUUAGAAAUAAAGGGGGAGACUGGUGAAAAAGGAAAUAAGGGUGAUAAAGGAGAAGAAGGUAUAAAGGGAAAAGAUGGAGAGAAGGGGGUACCAGGAGAAAAAGGGAUAAAGGGUGAUACAGGAGCUGCUGGGACAAAAGGAGAUGUAGGCAGCAAGGGAGUAAAAGGAGAAAUAGGUGAAGGCCGUCAGGGAUCGGUUGGACCUAGAGGGGAUACCGGGAUGGCUGGAAAACCAGGAGUAAGGGGCGAGACGGGUCCUCAGGGGCCAAAGGGUGAUUCAGGGAAAGACGGUGGGAUGGGACUUAAGGGAGUUAAGGGUGAAAAAGGAGAAUCAGGAGUCUGCAAUAGAGAGAGUAUUACAGGGUCAGAGGCAGAAUCCAAAUUUCCUGGAACUAGUUUAAAUCCAGCUAAAACAUGCAUUGAUAUUGACUCACGAGAAAAUGGUAUUUAUACAAUAAAUCCUGCGAAUAAGUUUGAUAUCAAAUGCGAUUUCAACAAAAAUCGCGCGUGUCUCAUAAACGAUCCAAAGAGAAAGAGCGAAAAAUUUGAAUUUUUAGAUGAACCAUUUUUACUAAGCGCAGUUGGAUUUGAAGUAAAUACAUUCUAUGGUUUAACACUAUCCCAACUAGCAUACCUAAAUUCUUGGACUGUAGGUGGCUAUGAGAAGAUAAGAAUCUACUGUGAGGAUACCAUAGUAUAUUCAGAAGAAAGUCCAGAUAAAUCUAUACAGUUGCUACUAUGGAAUGAUAAUUUCAUAGGUCCAAACCCGUCUCCUCACACUCCAGUAUAUUAUAAAGUUACCAAAGAUUUGUGCAAGAAGGAAGAAAAAUAUACGGAAUUAGAAGUGUCAUCAGUGACGAGUACGCGCUUACCAAUUGUAGAUUUUUACAUCAGAGACAGGAUAAAAUUCGCUUCAAUAUCUCUAGAGCUGUUGGAACUUUGUUUUAACUUUGAACUACCAUCUGAAGAAAGCUAAUUGUUAAUACGUUGUGCGAAAUCGAAACAGGAUAUAAUUUUUAAGAAAUUGUAGAGUAUGUCUGUAUCUAAUGUUGCUUAAAUAUUAUAGUUGUAAAUUAAAAUAAGUUGUCCUUA